CAUGAAAGCUGCAUGAAUGGUGAAAUAUCAUGCUUAAUCCUGCCUUACUCCGGGUAUAUAAACUGAGUACAGGGUUGGUAUUCAGACCUUGUGUAUAUCAGGACCUCGAUAACCUAGGAUACCAGGAUAUAUAUAUUAUAGUAAAGUGUGAAAGUGUAGAUUCAAUAUUAGACCUAGUGGAUAGAGAGAGAGGAUUAAACUCGGGUGCUUGUCUCGUCAUGAAUACAUAAGGUAGUGAUUUUAGUAUGGGGAGUGUGACUGCUAGGAAGGGUAGUUAUCUUAGCGUGGUUGGACAGGAUGAGGAUGGGACGGAUCAGGUUUGGGUUUGUGUCUCCAGGCAACAUCUGAACAAGGGAACCAACUCCAUCUUGGUAGAAUGGUUGGAACAGGUUGAGGUUGGAGUGUAUAUAAGAUCAGGCCAGGUUGACCGGAUCCAGGCUUACUGUAUCCUCUCCAGGCUUAGACUACUAUCUCAGGGUAGAGGAGAUACUGGAGAAAUCAGAUACCUACUUCCUGCAAACCAGCUGGAGAAAGCUGAGAGAUGUCUUCGAAGUAGAGGAGAAGAAGAUGAAGAAGAUAAAGAAGAAGAAGAAGAAGAAGAAGAAAAAAAGAUGGACGUCGAAUCGAAACCAAAAUCAAGAAAACGAAAACAUGAUCAUGAGAGAAAUAGAACAAAAAGCCCGAAAAAGAAAGAGAAAGUGACAAAAUCCACGAAAGAGAAAAAGAACAAGGUUAAAAAGAAGGAAAAGAAGGAGAAGAAAGAAAAAGUUCCCAAAGCUAAGAAACCCAAAAUUGACAAAACGAAUCCUAACUGGAAGCUCAAACCAAACCUUAGUAUCAAGGUCUGGGAGAAGGAACCUCUAUGUGAGGGUGUUGAAGAGAUUCCCUUUGUCUCCAGCACUGCCCAGAGUAGACUAGUCAUCCGAGCCGUCCUCACCAACAAUCUGAACCUUCUCCGGGCCUGUGUAUCCGACUAUACUCAGAUAAACUCCCUUCACACCCAUAGAUCCCUCGCCUCCGAUAUGACAGGAUUCAGGUAUGCUUUGAAGAACCAAAAUCUUGAGUUCCUCAAGAUAUUCCUGAAAGCGGAAACCGACAAGAAACUAAGAUGUAAAAAGGAACUCUGUAUCCUUCCGACUCAUGGAACAGGAACCUAUAAUUACAGAUCCCUUGGUAUCCGGAAUAUAAGGAAGGUAAACCUAAGCCGUGGGUCAAGAGAAGGCAACAAUGCGUUCACGAAAGACCUGAAUAUUCAGGGGCAGGCAACCCUCUCUGCUAAUGAUAUGAUGAGAUGGAACCUUGGGAUAAAGUUCAUCUGCAACCUUAUUCUGAUCAGCAACAAGAGGAUCGACAAGUACUCGUUCAUCUCUAACGUGUACGAAGCGGUCAGAAAUGGGCACAGAGAGUUGGCAGCCCACUUUAUAUCCCAAGAAGUGGAGAUGAACGGAAAUCAAUUCUCAAAGUUUUUCGUGGAUUCUCUCCUUGGUUCUGGGGACCCCUGGAACACUACGGUUCGUGAAGUGUCUGCUCGGAAGAAGGCUGGACAUGAGAACCGUCAAAUCACUCCGCUCCACACUGCCUGUAUCAACCCGGAUACAGGACCACUAGAGGCUCUUUACCAGACCUGUCCGGAUUUAUUUCUUACAGAUGCCGAUCAGUGGAAACCGAUUCAUUACGCUUCUGCUUCAGCUACAACAGGAGCGCUAGAUUUUUUGGAGAAGAAAGGUGCGAACCUAGAGGAUCCGGCUAAGGAUGGUUUAACCCCUCUCAUGGUGGCUUGUAAGGCUGGUAGGCCAGGUUCGGUCAGGUUUCUUCUUGACAAACUCUGUACAGAGUUGGAGGACGAGGAAUCUUACUCCGUGAAGAAGUUUGGUAGGGGCAGAAUAAACAAACCAGGGCGGGAUAGCUGGUCUCCAAUCCAUCUUGCAGUUUCAGAGGGACACCUAGAGACAGUUGAGGUUCUUCUGAAGUAUGGAGCAGAUGCAAACCGUCCCUUGAACACAAGGUACGACAAGAUGACCCCUCUAAUGCUGGCAGCUGCUAACGGUGACCUGGAAAUGGUUAAACUACUGGUUAGUAAGGCACUGAUUGAGAAAAAGGACAGGUUUCAUCGAACCGCUCUCACACAUGGAAUUCUGAACGGAGCAGCUCAUGUUGUAUCCUUCCUCCUAUCACUAGGAGCGGAUCCAAAUGGCAAGGACUCCUCACAAAACAGUAAUCUACACUAUGCCUGUGCAUACGGAUGGUGGUUCUGUAUGAAGGUUUUGAUUGAGUCUGGAGCAAAUGUAAACAGCGGAAACGAGUGGAAUCUUACACCACUCAGUGUUGCAUUUCUCAAGGGUAAUAAAGGUAUAGGAAAGCAUCUUGCAGAACUACCUGGAGUAAAUAUCGAGGUUAGGGAUGACAAGGGUCGGACAAUUCUUCUCAAUAUGCUGAAUGAUAAUGGAGAACAUUUCUCCAAUGAAAAGAUGAAGGAGGUGUUUGCAUUUAUAAAAGAGCACAAAGCGAACCCUGCAGCUGUGGAUAAUGAUGGAAACAACGCUCUCCACUAUAUCAUGUCUCACAAACUGAACUUCGACCCGAACGUGAAAUCUUUCAUGGCAAGAAUUCUCAAAAUGGUCAAUUUUUUCCUGGAUCAAGGUGUUACUCCGUAUCAGAGAAACAAGGAUGCUUUACUACCAAUCCAGGUUGGGUUUAGUAAUAAAUAUUCUCACGGUAGGGUUGGAUAUGAGGAGGAGAAGUCCAAACCACACUUUCAGGCCUUAUCCGUCCUUCUCACAGGGAUGAUGAAGAACAGGAAAUCUAUUACUGAUAAUCCGGAGACUUUAAUGCGAGAUCUCAUGAGAGAUUUUCUAACGCAAAUUGAAGUCAAGUUUGGAUCUCUUUAUCUGGAAACCUUUAAAGAGAUAAACAAACUGAUACUGGAGUUAGUUGAGGAGGGUGAGCUGAGUUCUAUUGGGUUCAUGGAUAAGGAGUAUGAAACCACUAAUGAAGAUCAAACUAUAUCCUACACAGUGUUCUCUAAGCUCUGUAAGAAAUAUCAAUCUGUAAAUAUUGAAACUGAGACGGAUUCAACCUUGAGCAUUGAUAAACGAGUUGACUGUUGGAAACCCUACCUGGAGAUUGUCAGAUUGUUUAUCAACACAUUCUCUCCAAGGUUUGAACUCAAGGUGGAGAAGGAUAAAAACUUCUUCGCUCUGCUUUCCUUUGCAAGAGCUCAAGAUAAAUUCCAAGGUUUCAACAUGAUCAUGAACAUGAAUCCAGAUGUCUCAGUCACAGAUAAAUCUUCAGGAAUGGAUGCACUGUACACCUUGAUAGAACGAGGAUAUACACCAGGAGUCAAGCUGUUGUUGAAGCAAGGAGCAAACCUGAAUAGGAUUAGAGUUCUAAAGAAAAAGAAAAAAGAAAUUAAAGAUACUCCACUUCUCUGGGCUCUGAACUUUAGUAAUCUUGAACUCAUCACAGCUUUAGUAGAGUCUGGAGCUAAGGUUUGUACCAAGGACCAAACUGGAGUAUCUGCUCUUCAUAAAGCUGUUCUAAACUGUGCUAAGAACAAAACCAAGAAUAAUCUGGAAAUUAUACGUCUUCUUCUCAAUAAUGGAGUUGAUGUCAAUGAAACCGAUGAUAAACUCCGAACCCCGAUGCAUGUAGCGGUUAACAGUGGAACAGCUGAUCCAGACUCAUCCCUAGACCUGGAGAUGCUUCUGUUACGACGAGGAGGUUCUCUAAGUGCUCAGGAUAUCCGCGGACGGAUCCCGCUGCAUUAUGCAUUUGUGAAGGCGGGUCAGCACAAGGACACAUUAAUGGCUGAUCCUAUCCAGAUCGUCAGCGCUCUUGUAGAAAGUUCUAAUCCUGAUCUUCUAAAUACCAAGGAUAACUUUGGAUGUACUCCCCUUCAUUAUGCUGCAGUACGUGGAGCCACCGUCUGCUCUUUACUACUCCUAGAGAAAGGUUCAAACCUGGAGUCUAAGGAUUUACAUAGACAAACCCCUCUGUGCUACGCAGUUCUAGGGAAACAUUAUAGUUGCUCUCUCAUCCUUAUACAGAAAGAUGCGAACCUUGAUGUAUUGGUUAAACCUGAUCUACUUCUAGAGAAACCUAAAAAAGUUGAUAAACAUCUUUGGAAGUUUUUACCAGAACAUUUUCCAAAAGAUAAUUCCAGAGAAAUGCAGUCCUUGUUCCAGCAAAUAGUUCUCAACGAAUGGCUUGGAAUAAUCUACGUGGUUUUGGCAAAGUUUGACAAGUUUGGAAUACCCUUUGUCACUGCUCUUGAGGUUUCAAUUCGUCUCCAAAAAUUUCAAUUUGCAAAAACUUUGAUCAGUAAACAAACUGAUUUUUCUAAAUUGCAUGGAGUUAUCUCUGAAGGAAGAAGCCUACUCUCUGCCCUGACCUAUGAGUCCUAUGGGUUGGAUCAGAGAAAGACGGAGAUAGCAGAAGAUGUGCUCAAUAUGCUAGUUGAAGCAGGGCUCCAAUGUGAUCUGGUUGAUGUCCAUGGUUGUACUCCAUUCCACUAUGCCUGUCUGAACAAGAACAGUACUCUCAUACAAAACUUGUUGCUGAGAAGUGAUGUCAUCAAGAGCAUAUUAAAUCUAUCCUGUCAGGCUAAAUCUGCUCUGGCGGCAUACUUCUGGAUUUCAAAAUCUUUCUCUGAUGAAGAUCUUAAAACUCUCCAAAAGCUGUUCGAAGCUGGGUUCAGUGUGAAUGAAAAGUUUCCUGUUCCGGCUCAAAGCUUUAUUUCUGGAGACUACACUUCAAAUCUGACACGAGAGAACUUUUGUUUCCAUAAAGGAUUGGAUAUUGUGCUCACUCCUCUCAUCCUGGCAAUAUCCAGGAGAGAUCUAUCACUGAUAAAGUAUCUUCUGAAGCAUGGAGCUGAUCCCAACCUUGAAGAUUCACAGGGAAACUCUAGUCUAGUGUAUGCUGUUAAAACUAAUGAUGUUGAGAUCAUUGAUGAGGUUCUAGCUUGGGUUGAUACUCAGGUAACAGGAAUAAACGUCCUACUUCACACUAUUGCUUUGGACCCGGAGAACCCUGAUUCUCCGAGUUUUGAUAACUUAAAGGUUUUUAAGAAACUGUUAAACAAACAUUAUACCUUGACUGCUAAUGAGGAGGAGGAACUUGCAAGAGCAGCGUUGAGAAAUGGAGCUUUAAACAUAUAUAAUUCAUUCCCUGCUAAUCUUAGGACCCAGAUCAGGAAAGAGUUAAAUCCUGUUCAGGAGAACGGAUCAGGAUUGAGCAAACUAUCCCAAGAUUACAACCAGGAUGCAAAGAUUAUGCUGCACAAACUCGAAUCAGAACUCAAACCAACUGAAAAGAAGGAGAAGGCAGUGCAAGCCGGUUGUAUUGUAUCGGAUGGAGAAAUCUACCAGGAUUAUCAAGUUCUACUCAACAAGGUUGAUGUCAGUGUUGGAGCCUGGAGUUUAUACAACUUCUAUAGAAUGCAGAUCUGGAAGGAUAACAACAAGGAUCUCUAUGUUCUGUUCACUAACUGGGGACGGAUUGCAAGCUACUCCUCCGGCCAAUUUCAAAAUACUCCCUACUCUAAACCUGAGGACGCAGUUGAAGAGUUUAAGAAGAUAUUUAAGUCCAAGACUGGCAAUGAUUGGGAAAAUGUGGAAAACUUUCAAAACCAGGCUAAAAAAUAUCGGCUGGUGAAAGUUGAACUGAUGGAGCGGAUUAAGAAGCCAGAGGUAAAGCUGAAUCUAAAAACCAACCUGCCUCUGCAGCUACCUCUUCCCUUGGCCCAUCUGCUCCACGACAUGUCAGAUUUUAACAUGCUUCGACAAGCUUUUUCUCAUGAAAUAGACGUUGACUCAAGCAGUAUUCCCUUUGGAAGGAUUGAUAGAGAAGUUGUUCAGAAAGCAAAAGAGUUGCUGGAGAAAAUGAAGUCCAAGGUUGAGAAAAGAGAAAAGAUUGAAGCGACCAAGUAUACUAAGGCCAACACCAACUUUGAAGAGUUAGGACGGAUAACUGAGGAGUUGUGUGAAAUGAGUUCUGAGUAUUAUCAUCUUGUUCCUAAGAAAGGAUUUGAGUAUGAAAAACUGUCUCCUAUAGAUAGUUUGAAUACUCUCCAUGAAGAGAUGCAAAGAAUGAAUUAUAUCCUGGAGUUUGAGUUCUCCGAGGCUCUCCUUUUAGGAGCUAUGUAUCGGAGAACUAAAACCCAUCCUCUGAAUUAUAUCUACAAGGGAUUAGGAGCCAGGAUUCAGCUCCUAGAGGAGUCUAGCAUUGAAUCCCAGUUGUUGAUGAAAUAUAUGUACAAAUCCAGAGGAGCGGCUCAGGUUCGGGUUCAAAGCAUCUUCAGCGUUGACUCUGAUAACUACCGGAGUAGCAUAAACCCAACCUCAACUUCACGGGUUCUACUCUGGCACGGAACUAAACGAGCCAACCUAGCGAGUAUUCUCCGCAACGGAUUAGCCAUUGAUCCUCCCUAUUCUAUCAGAACGGGACGGAUGUACGGAAACGGAGUAUAUCUGGCGGAUAUGUUUGAUAAAAGCAUAUCUUACUGUGACCAUGACGGAGAAAGCAAGGUUCUGCUCCUGGUCGAAGCUGACCUUGGUAAGAACAAAGUUCACAAUGCUGAACACUAUUAUGACUCGGAGCAGAGUGAUCAUAAGAAGUUUGAUUCUCUCCAUGUCGAAGGAUCUAAUGCUCCGGAUAAGAAAGGAGAGAUAAGUAGUUCAGACGGAGUAAGAAUCCCAACUGGAAAUAUCAUCAAGGUUCCAAUGCAGAAGACAAAGAACUCUUGGGGGCAUUGGGAUAAUCGUCCAAACAUGUCUGAGUAUAUUGUAUUUAACGAGAGUAAGGUUCGGAUUAGAUAUCUAUUUUGUGUCGGAACCAAGAGCAGAGAUAUCCACAAACUUUUAAAAACAUUCUCUGUAAAUACAGACGAAAUGGAGGUUGAUGAGGACAGACGAGAUGAGGAUAAGGAUGAGGAUGAGGAUGAAAGUAAAGUUGAUAAUGAGGAUGAAGAAGAAGAAGAAGAUGAGGAUCAGGAUGAGGAUGAGGAUGAAAGUAAAGUUGAUAAUGAGGAUGAGGAAGAAGAAGAAGAAGAUGAGGAUCGACCACUAAGAUUUCAAAACUUGUUUAACAGAACACCUGCAAAGAUGCCAUCAAAGACACCCGCAAAGGCUGCUGCAAAAAUGCUUUUUAAAAGAUUUUGAGAAAUUAAGUCUCUGAAUUCUUGUGAUUUUUUAACUCUGCUUGAAUAAUUUUAUCACUGUCAUCAAUUUUUGUUAUAAAAAUUUGCACUUUUAAUCGCUUGAAAUGAAUUAUUGUUGUUUUA